AGCUCGAUUCUUCGUACCUUGUUCAGUUCGACUUUGCGGAUACCGAAUUUCGGCUUGAGCGGUGACCGACUUUUUUCCCUCUCUCUCUCUUUCUUUUCUUCUUCUUCUCUUCUAAGUUAGUUCCUUCCUUUUAUUUUCCUUUUUUCUCUUCCUUUGCCUUGAAACCAUUGUCAUCAUCUUUGAAAUCCCCAUUUUGCGGUGAGAAACUCUUCUCAUAGUUCAGACAUCGCGUAUUUACAAUAGCGGUAGCUGUUUAGCUAUAAAGACGUCGAAUGGACAUAGUAUAUUCGAGCAAACGGAACUCUGUUAGUUUUUUUGUAUCAAGAGGCUAAGAAAGUAAAAGAAAAAAGUUAACAAAUAUAGAGAUUUCGUGCGGUUUAUAUAUAUAUAUAUAUAUAUAUCAGUGAUAACCACAACGACAGACACUCGAAGAUAUUCACGAGCGCUUCGAUAUCACGGAUUUUUAAUCAAUCGGUGGUCCGUGAUCCGUACGAGAUGCUGGUAAAACAAGUCAUGAAAUGGCUUUGGCAUAUAAUGGGUGGCAGUGAGACCCAGGCCUUUUACUCUCUUCUGACAUUCAUCAGUGUUGCACUGUCGACUUAUUUGCUAUAUUUGAAGUAUAACCGUAAAUUACCUCCUGGGCCAUGGGGACUGCCGUUUUGUGGGUAUUCACCAUUCAUCAAAGGAGCUGUACACCUGCAUUUCAAUGAGCUGGCCAAGAAGUACGGUAAAAUAUUCAGCGUUAACAUCGGCUCCGAGUUGACCGUUGUUAUCAGCGAUUAUAACAUCAUACGCGAUUCGUUCCGACUUACGGAGUUCACUGGCAGACCACAGAAUGAAUUCAUGAAUAUUCUCGAUGGCUAUGGUAUCAUUAAUACGGACGGUGCUCUGUGGAAGGAUCAGAGGAAAUUUCUUCAUGAUAAACUUAAAAUGUUCGGUAUGACUUCCUUUAAUAACAGAAAUAUGGAAUCGAAGAUCAAGCACGAAGUCGAGAUAUUUCUUAAAAGAUUAGAAAUGAAACGUGGAGUGCCCACAACCUUAACAUCCUCGCUCGCCAUAUCGAUCAGUAAUGUAAUCUGCUCGGUUGCAAUGGGAGUGCGUUUCUAUCACGGCGACCCGCAAUUCAAGAGGUUUAUGGACCUUAUUAACGAAGGAUUCAAACUGUUCGGUAAAGUGACGUUUGCGAAUUAUAUACCGAUAGUACGUCUCUGUCCAUGGAUUAAUAGCGUCCAAAAUAAAAUCGAAAAAAAUCGAUCGGAAAUGGCUGAAUUCUUUCAAGAAGUUAUCAAUCAGCAUAGAGCAUCAUAUAACGAGAAUAAUAUUAAUGACAUUCUUGAUGCCUAUCUGUACGAAAUUCAAAAAGCUACGGACGAAAAUCGAGAAGAUCAGCUUUUUGAGGGAAAAGAUAAGCUUCGUCAAAUGCAACAAGUUCUGGGCGAUCUCUUCUCCGCGGGUAUGGAAACGGUGAAGAAUACUCUAGAGUGGUCAAUGGUUUUCAUGUUACAUUAUCCGGAAGCAGCAAAACAAGUGCAGAUUGAAUUGGAUAAUGUCAUAGGAAGAUCAAGAUUACCCUCAUUGAAAGAUUUUGAGGAACUUCCGAUCACUCAGGCGACGAUUCUAGAGAUUUUUCGCAGAUCCAAUCUUGUACCACUUGGCACUACACAUGCUACUACACGGGAUGUAAUGUUAAAUGGCUAUAUGAUACCAGCCGGAACGAGCGUGGUACCGUUGUUAUAUGCGGUGCAUAUGGAUCCUGAACUCUGGGGCGAUCCAGAAGUCUUCCGGCCCAGCCGAUUCCUCGAUUCCGAGGGUAAGGUGUGGCAGCCGAGCUUCUUCAUGCCCUUUGGAGUCGGUAGACGAAUGUGCCUGGGCAAAAAUUUGGCGCGCAUGGAGGUUUUCCUGUUCUUCAGUUCGCUAAUGCACAUGUUUAACUUGAGCCUACCUGAAGGUGCCCCAUUGCCCAGUCUGCAAGGCAAUGUUGGCGUAACAAUAUCACCGAUACCCUUUAAAAUUUGCUUGCUGCAGAGAGACCUACACUUAGUAGAUAACAACGAGGUCUCCGCCAAUGGACCCUUGCGUAACAUUGGCCAUUAAGUCCUCAACGAACUUUAAACCACGGGCACGGUACUUGUUCCUAUUGCCGCAGGAGAGGCGAACAGGGAGAGGAGAAUCUGUAAGUCGCGUGUUGACGCUAUGGGGUCCAUCACUACGCAUGUCGAGAUGGAGAUCCGUAAGAUUGUUUAAUUGUACAUUAAUUA